AGGUUGGCUGUAAGGUCCAAAUCAUUUUUGAACAACACUAGUCAAAAAAAUUCAUUUAUUCGUUUCACUGCCCUCUUCUCCUCUCUUCUUCUUCCAAUCUCUUAACUACCAUAUUUCUCUUUUCUUAUUAUCAUCAUCAUAACAUAUCAACUACCAAAACGUAAUCACAUAGAGUAAGACGAAGGAGAAGUAGAACGAGACUUCUCCAAUCGUCGUUCUAGUAAACUUUGUUCGCAUCUAGUAGCAGCUUGCUAGUAUCGUUCCAAAAAAAGAAAAUGAAUUUCCCACUCCUAAAAUGGAUAUUGAUUUUCUUGGUGAAUUAUGCUUUAAUUUGUGAAGCCGAUCCUCGAAUUUCAGAAGCUGGACUUGUAUGUGGCACGAACAGGACAACACCAGCAAUCAUAAUUCCACAGUUCGUUAAACUAAUGGAAGUUGUUUCACAACGUGUGACAGAUCAUGAUUGGGGUAACCAUAAUGUAACUUCACCAAAUAUUUCAAUUUAUGCAUUAGCAAAUUGUUAUCAAGAUCUUCCACAUCAAGAUUGUCUUUUAUGUUACGCUGCAAGUCGAACACGACUCCCACGUUGUCUUCCUGGUAAAUCAGGUCGAAUAUAUCUAGAUGGAUGUUUUCUUCGAUACGAUGACUAUAAUUUUUUCAAUGAGACAACUGAUGCUGCUGAAGAUAAAGUCAACUGUAGCAGCUCAAUUGGAUUGGCUAGUGGACAAGAAUUGACCACGUUAAAUGCUACUGCUGGUAAUUUGAUUGAAAGAUUGACGGUAACAGCGGUGAAUAACGGUGGUUAUGCUGUGGCGCAUUUGAAUGGAUUUUAUGGAUUGGCACAGUGUUGGAAAACUGUGGAUAAAACAGGUUGUAGAAAAUGUUUGGAUAAAGCAAGUAGAGAUAUUAAGAGUUGUUUUCCGAGUAAAGAUGCUAGAGCUUUAAUGGCUGGCUGUUAUUUGAGAUAUUCUACACACAAUUUUAUCAGUGAUCCAAAUGAGGGAAGUAGUAGCGGGCUAAGCAAAGGGGUGAUACUAGCUAUCAUUCUUGGAGUGACAGCUUUCACCAUGCUGGUUCUCUCUGUUGCUUACACAGCUCGUAAAAGAUCACUAAGGCGAAGACGAGAACGCAUGAAUCUUGGUAAGAUAUCGAGUUCAUACAACAGGUCAAGCUUGAACUAUAAGUAUGAAAAUCUUGAGCAGGCAACAAACUAUUUUGAUCCCUCAACUAAAGUUGGCCAAGGAGGAAAUGGUUCUGUACACAAAGGGACUCUGCCUAAUGGGAAGGUUAUUGCAGUUAAGAGACUGUUUUUCAAUACAAGGCAAUGGGUUGAUGAGUUCUUCAAUGAGAUUAAUCUCAUCAAUGGAAUUGAACACAAAAAUCUUGUCAAGUUGUUGGGUUGCAGCAUUGAAGGCCCAGAGAGCCUGCUCGUGUACGAGUUUGUGACCAAUAAAAGUCUAGACCAAUAUCUAUUUGAUAAAAACAAGGUAAAGAUUCUAAGUUGGGAAGAACGUUUCCGUAUUAUAGUUGGAACAGCAGAAGGCAUUGAUUUCCUCCAUAGAGGUUCGGAGAUCAGAAUCAUCCACAGGGACAUCAAGAGCUCCAAUGUACUUCUUGAUGAAAAUCUUGAAGCGAAAAUCGCUGAUUUUGGGCUUGCUCGGUGUUUAGCAGCUGAUAAAAGCCAUCUUAGCACUGGAAUUGCAGGCACAUUGGGAUAUAUGGCUCCUGAAUACCUCGUAAAAGGACAGCUAACAGAGAAGGCUGAUGUCUACAGUUAUGGGGUGCUUGUUCUUGAAAUUGUUUGUGGCAGAAAAAACAUUGCCUUUGCGGAGGACUCUGGCUCUCUACUACAAACAGUGUGGAAACUCUACAGAGCAAAUCAGGUCACUGAAGCAUUAGAUCCUCUCUUGAAAGGUGAAUUUCCAGCAGAAGAGGCAUCAAAGGUCCUAAAAGUGGGGCUGUUGUGCACUCAAGCUUCAGUCGCUUUAAGACCAUCAAUGAGUGAAGUUGUCCAAAUGUUAACGUGUGAGGAUUAUCAAAUACCAGAACCAUGCCAACCACCUUUCCUGAAUUCAAGUUUAUUAGCUGGCGGUUCUAUCAAAUCCACCAUAAGAAGUUUCGUCUCAAACACACACUUUAAACUUGAUGAGUCAUCAUCUUAUAAUACUAAUACUACAGGGUCCUCUAGUAUGCAAAGCUCAUCAACUGGACCACAUAGAAGUGAUGAAUUCCUUUUAAAAGAGUCUGAAAAUAGGAAAUAAGUGCAAGGACAAAAAAGUCGGAAAUUUUGCAGUAUAAUUUUUGUACAGUUAUGAAAUAGUAGUGCAUUUGUAUGAUUUAUUUUGGAUU